AUGGUGUCGUUAGGAAUUGACUUAGGAACGACGUUUAGUGGAGCUGCUUCAGUUGCCAAUGGCAAUAUGGUUCAUAUAUCACACGAAAGGGGUCGUGAAUUUUUGGAAAGUAAGGNGAAAUUUACCGGAGAUACGUAUGUCGUUGGUACAGUGGCCGGAAACCUGGAGGAUUUCAAUGAGCCUUGUAUGGUGUUUGACAGUAAGCGAAUGAUUAGUCGGGUAUUCUCCGACUCCCAAGUACAACGUAUGAUCCCCGAUUGGCCUUUCAAAUUGUCCGGAGUGGAUGAUGAGAUUCAAAUCACCGUCUCUGACGGUACCGAAUCUCGCAAUUACACACCUGUGCAAAUUUUCUCUCUGAUAUUGAAACGACUGAAGGAGAUGGAAGAGAGGCAAUUGAACCAACCCGUAGUCAGCACCGUCGUCACGAUCCCUGCACGAUUCGGUAACGCUCAACACAAGGCAACCAGAGAUGCGUGCAUGUUAGCUGGCCUGCCCAAAUGCACUUUGCUUCACAAGCCAACCGUGGCCGCGAUCGCAUAUAUUGGAGCCGCCUAUGUUCCCGAAGGGAAAAUGAUUCUGGUCUAUGAUCUGGGUGGUGGCACGUUUGAUGUGUCCAUCGUGGUAAAGACCGACAACGGUUUCGAGGUGAAACAUACACUGGGAGAUACGGCGCUUGGCGGUCGGGAUUUCGAUCAACGACUUUUAAUUGAUGAACUAUUCCGGGAGUACAAUAUGACGAAAGAGCAAAUCUAUAAAGUAUUGGUUGUUGGAGGUUCUACGCGAAUACCGAAAAUUCUCAGCCUGCUGUGCGACCACUUUGACAAGGAACGAAUCACACACCGGAUAGAUCCAGAUCGAGCUGUGGUACAGGGAGCCGUGAAACAUGCGGAAAAUUGGACACGAUCACGCGAGGAACAACUAUCUCACCUGAUUGUCAAGGAUAGCAAUCCGUUGGAUUUGGGUGUCGAAUCCGCGGACGGACGGAUGGUGCCCAUUAUUGGACGUGAAACGACCAAUCAGACAGUUAUGGAAAUCAAAGUGUACGAAGUAAAUGGUUGGAUCGCGCGUAACAAUUUGCUCGUCGGCAAAUUGACUCUACCGAAUCUGUCCGCACUUCCGACCAGAAAGGUCCUCGUGAAUAUCACGUUCCGUUACACGGACGAAUCGAUUGUUGAAGUGACUGCCGAUUGUGUCGAACGGAGUCAGCCGGGUGAAAAAAAUCGAUUUACCGUCUGA